AUGGAGGGCGCGACGCCAGACGAGGCGUCGCUUCGUGCAGCCCUGCAGGCCAACCCUGCGGACGAUGCGGCUCUCGCAGGCCUCGCGCGCGUCGCGCUUUCUCACCACGGGUGGUCCGAAGCCGCCGAUCUUCUUCGCGCGGCCGUAUCCGCGCGGCCCGACGAGAGCGAGUACCAUCUUCUGCUGGGCGAGGCCUUGUGGAAUUCCGCGGAGGAACGGGCAGCGGUAACCGCCACGUCGGCAGGCGGAGGCGGAGAGCCGCGGGGGAAUGAAGCACGGGCGACAGGGCGCGCGGCAGCCUACGCGGAGUGGCUUCAGGCGGGCAAGCUGAGCCCUGGCUGCGCGGACGCCUUCCGCUGCCUGGGUUACUUCUUUGGGGGCUUCCAGGGGAUUAUCCCGCGCACAGGCGCGCGCGGAGCGCAACAGGGGGACGGGCGACACGCGGAGACGUGGUGGGCGGCGGGGGAACGGAAAAGGGCGCGGAAGGGGGGGGUUGGGGGGGAGGUGGUGCGGGACGUGGGGCGAGCGGUGAAGUGCUUUCAGAAGGCCGUAAGCGUGAAUCCCGAAGACCACGACGCUGGGGAGGCGGCCUUCCACCUGCUGGCGGGGGGGCGGGGGGCGGUGCGGCAGCGGUCGCUGCAGGUGGCACUGUGCCGGGGGGCAGUGGAGGGCAGCGCGCGGGCGUUCUGGGCGUGGCGGCUGCUGGGGCUGCUGCAUGCGGAGGAGGGCGCGUGGCAGUCCGCCGUGCCGUGCCUGCAGUCCGCCAUCAAGGGCUUCGUGCUCGAUGCCGCCUGCUGGCGGGCCCUUGCCUUGUGCUACCAGCGGCUCGGUCGACACUCCGCUGCUCUCAAGGCCUAUGGGCGGGUGAUCACCUUGGGAUUGCCGCACGUGGCGAGCGCCCUGGAGGCUCUCGUCCCCGCCUCUGUUGCACUCGCCACGGCCCCUCCUGCUGCUGCGCCACCUGGCGGUGCGAGCAGCAGUGACGUGGCAUGUGCGGUGUUUGCGUUGGAGCAGAGUGGGCACAUUGAGCUGGAGAGGAGCAACUACUCCCAGGCACUGGAGUUGUUCUCGUACGCAGAGGCGCAGCGGGCAGGCAGUGCCACGGUGCAGUGGGGGCUGGCAGCAGCGCGCUACGGCAUGGCAUGCCACGUGGCCUCCUAUGGUGCUGCUGCAUGGGCCAACGAUCUGCUGCUGGCCGCAGCUGCCAGUGCCCGUGCGUCCAUAUCCCACCAUCCCACAUCCACAACAACCUGGAAGCUUCUUGGUGACAUUGAGCUCCGUCACUCAGCCGUGCUUCUCGCCGCACCUUCCCCCACCCACGCCUCCUCCACCACCGCGCCUGCAUCCCCCACCCCCUCCUCCCUCCUCGCAUGGCGCCGCCACCGCUUCCGUCUGGCGUCCUCCGCCCUGCGCUCCUAUGCGCACGCGCUGCACCUCUCCCCCUCGCCUUCCGCACAACCUCCCCCUGACUCCCCCCACCUCGCCUCUUUCCUCAGCUUGGGGGUACCUGAAGCAGGGGGGAUGGGCGGAGGGGAAGUGAAGGGCGCAGGGGGGCAGGGAGGGGGAAGGCUGUGGGCGGACUUGGCACUGGCAGCGGCGGCCAAGGGGAGGGCAUGGGCGGAGCUGGUGGAAGCAGGGGGCGGGGGAGAGGAGGAGGAGGUGGAGUGUGGGCAUGCGGGUGGUGAUGGGCAGGCCAAGGCAGAGGUGCUAGACACUGCAUGUGUGGAUGAGCUACGCGCGCUGCCCCCUCGCCUGCUGCUGCCAGCGCUGCAGGGGCAGCAGGGCACGGCGGGGGCGCAUGCAUGGGUGGUGCUGGCAGCUGUGGUGGGGUGGCAGUGGCCAGAGGUGCAGCAGCAUGCGCUCGUGCAUGCCCUCAUGCUCGACCCGCUGCAUGCCCUUGCCUGGGUGCUGCUGGGGGAGGUGUACCUUCACCAGAAGCAGCCAAGGCUUGCCACACAAGCGUUCGCCCGUGCGCGUGUGGCGGACCCAUUCAUUGCCGCCCCCUGGGUGGCCUCUGCCUCCCGCCAGCUGGAUGCUCUCGCUGCUGCAUCUGCGCCUGAUGCUGCUGCCGCUGCUGCUGGUCGCAGCAGCACUCACAACGAUGGUGAUGCUGCUGCUAAUCCUGCUGGUGAUGAUGAUGGUUACAGCAGUCCAUCGCUGCAUGCAGCCAUGGCCGAUGCGCUCUUUGCUGCUUCCGCGUGCUCCAACCCGCCGCCAUGCGCCCAACAUGUGCUGGGGCAGCUGUCAGCUCGCUGCGGCAGGCUGGGCCAGGCAGAAGUCUUCUGCGCGCUGGCCCACCUGGCGAGCAGCAGCCCAGCAUCUCCUGAGGCUCUCUUCCUCCUCGGCCUCUCUGCCUCUGCGCGCUUCCUGCCCUCUGUCGCCCUGCACGCCUUCCACUCCGCCAAGCACCUACUGCUGCAGCAGGAAGGACCUGCGGAGCGAGUGUGGCUGGCGUGUGUGCAAGUGGGCAUGGCCCUCACAGCGGCGCGGCGGUUCAGCGAGACAGUAGUGGAGUUCAACUCUGCUCACUCUCUUCAAGACCGAUCCAAGUGGCCGGUGCGCCCACUGCUAGCGCUCUCCCUCGCGCUGCACCACUGCUCGCUCCACGACGACGCCCUUGCUGUUGUCGCCCUCGCCACCACCCAAGCCACACACCUUGCACCGUCCCCAUCCCCAUCUCCAUCCUCCUCCUCCUCCUCGUCCUCCUCUCACGCCCUCCUCUCAGCAGCAGCAGUGAAGCUCCAUGCGGCCCUCCUUGCCUCCCCCCCCGCUCUCCCAUCCUCCCCAUCACCGCCUGCAUCACUCGCCCCUUCUCUCUUCCUCUCGCCAUCUCUCGCGCGUGACCUGGCGCUGACUCGCGUUGACGUGUCGCUGACAGCGCUGGCAGCAGCAGCAGCGUCGCUGGACGAGGGGGAGAUAGGGCGCGCGGUGCAGCAGUACCGGCCCGUCUUCAGCGACCCUCUCAUGGCGCCCAGAGCACAUGCCUUGCUCGGGGGUCAACUGGCACGUGCGCUCAAGUAUCUCAUCCGCUCGCUGCAUCACUUCCCCGAUAGCCUCCUGCUCAGGGCCUGUCUGGCGGACCUGCUCUCUCCCACGCACCCAGCUCGAGCUGCGCGCAUCAUCGGCCUCGCGCCCCAAGCCCUCUCCACGCACCCCCCUCCUCCGCCCCCCUCUCGCCUCACCGCCGCUGCUCCCCCUGACCGCGCCAGUGGAGGCAGUGCAGCGGGGGGCGUGGAAGGGAGUGUGGUGCGCGUGCAGGCGAGCACACGGCUGGCCUGCAGUGCGUGUGCGCAAGGCACGGCACAUGGUGCAGGGGCCUGCUUACACUCCCAGGCACCGCUGGCUACGCCUGCUGCUGUGCCCGGAAGCAGCGGUAGCAGUAGCGGCGGUGGCAGUUUCAGCAGUGGCAGUGGGGAUGAGGGUGGUGCGAGGGAGUGCCACCUAUCAGGGCGGAAUCAGCUGCGGCUGCUGGCCAGGGCUAUUCACACUCGCCCCAACGAUCCCACCCUCCGCCUCCUCCUCCUCCGCCUCUCCCUUUCGCCUUCCGCCCACGUGUCACCCUUCGGAGCUCCCUUGCCCCCUCCCUCACCCCUCUCCACCUCCCUGCUCCGCUUCUCCCACUCCCUCCUCUCCCUCAUUCACACCGCCUUUCCCUCCCCACCAUCAACCUCCCCUCCAUCCCCUCCAUCUCUGUCUCUUUCUCUCCUCCACCUAUCCUCCGCCAAGGCUCCAGCUGGCACACCGCCAUUGGUGCGCGAGCUCUGGGUGCACACGCUUUUGUCAGCAUCUGAGUGUGCUGCACGGUGCUGUUACUCUCCAACCUCCAUUCUCAACCACUCACAGCCCCCACUCUCCCUCGCUUCCCUCUCACACUCCCUCGCAUCCCACGCCCUAUCAGAGUGCCUCCUCCUCCCCGAUUCAUCCCCAUCAGCCAAUCAGAAAGCAGCGCUGCGCGCCUGUGCUGAAUGUCAGGUGGCGCGGUGCCAUUCGCUGCAGCAGCCUGCAACAGAUUCUCGUACCCCGCCUCCAGUCACCCCCAGCUUCCCUGCCUCUCUGCUCCCAUCGCUUGCCUCUGCCUCGUCUCUCUUCUCCUCUGGCUUCUGCCAAGAGGCUGAAGCAGUGGUGGCAGCACUGCAAGCGGAAGGACUGCAGGGGCAAGGCGAAAACAAGUUGCUGUUAAUGUCAGCGGUGCAGAUGUGGCAGGCUGUGAUUGGUACAGAGAAGGGUGAGCUGAGCGAGGCAAGGAGGGUGCUGGAGGGGGUGGUGGGGUCGCUCAAGGAGGCAGCAGGGGCAGGUGGAAUGGCGGGGGCAGCUGUGCAACCCAUGCUUGACGUUGCUCACGUGCUUCUAGGUUCUGUCCUCCUCUCGCUCCACCAAGUCAAUUCCCCCGACUCCUCUCUCCCUCUCGCCGCACGUCGUUACCUGCUCUCCGUCUCCUCACCCUCCUCCUCCCUCUUCCCCCACCUCCACCUCCUGCUUUCCUCUGCUGACUCCCUUGCCGCCUCGCGCUCUGCCGCCCCUCGCAAGCGUGCCGCCCACCUGCAACAGGAAUGGGCGGCAUGGCCUUCUGCCUGCCGCCCAGCCCGUGUUCUCGCUGCACUAGGAGAAGCUUUAGCAGGGCUGGAGGCAGUGGCAGGUGCACCUGAGAAAGCAGUGCAUGUGGAUCCAUCAUGCGGGCGGCACUGGGAGGUGCUGAGGCGCUUGAGGAGUCAAGGCCGGGCUGGCGAUGCUGUGCGCAGCUGA